AUGUUCCCCUCUCCAACCGGAUUUCGCGAAACUUCUUUCACACGCCUCUCUCUGGUGACGUGCGAGCUCGCCGCGAGGGAAAUCGGAUCUGCACACAUGGCGGUGACGGAGGUGACGUCAGCAGAUGCUUUCAACGCGGCAGCCAGGGAAGGGGCGCCAGUGGCCGUGCAUUUCUGGGCCGCAUGGUGCGAGCCGUGCAAGCACAUGGACGUGGUGUUUGGGCAGUUGGCGGCUGAAAACCCCCACGCGAAGUUCCUGAGGGUGGAGGCAGAGGAGGUGCCGGAGCUUUCUGAGAAGUUCUCUGUAUCAGCCGUGCCCUUCUUUAUCUUCCUCAAGGAUGGCAAGGUGGUGGAUAAACUGGAGGGCGCCCCCCCAGAGCUCGCACACAAGGUGGCGCGGCACAUCGCUGCACCCUCUUCUGCCACCAACUUCAGUGCUGGCGGCUCUGCUGCUGCCGAAGUCAUUGAAUCGGUCCUUCACUCGGCUCGCACCGCAGCCUACCCUGCUGCUGCUCCUGCUCCUGCUGCUGCUGCUCCUGCUCAGCCGGAGCAACCCUCCAGGAUGAUCGCCCCACCCGCAGGUUCGGACAAGCCGAAGCUGUCCCCGGACCUGAAGGCUCGGAUCGAGGCUCUCCUGGCCUCCCACCCGGUGCUCCUGUUCAUGAAAGGCACCCCCAGCGCCCCCAGAUGCGGCUUCUCCUCCAAGGUUGUGUCUGUACUGGAAAAGGACUUAGGCUCUGCGGCGGCCAGUGCGUACGGGUCGUUUGAUAUUUUGCAAGAUGAGGAGAUUCGGCAGGGUUUGAAGGUUUAUAGCGACUGGCCGACUUUCCCCCAGGUGUAUUGCAAGGGGGAGCUGCUUGGGGGGUGUGAUAUCGUGCUGCAGAUGCACGAGAGUGGGGAGUUGAAAGAGGUGUUUGCGGAAAAAGGGGUACUAGGAGGGGAAGUGAAAGGAGAUGCAGCAGGAACAGUGGCAGCAGCAGGAGAAGGAGCAGCAGCAGCAGCAGUGGAUGGGGAGGCUAGUGGGGCGAAGGGGUUGCAAGAGCGGCUGAAGGCGCUGCUCUCAUCAUCCCCUACCAUGCUGUUCAUGAAGGGCACACCGGAGGAGCCGCGGUGUGGGUUCAGCCGUAAAGUGGUUGACGCACUCAAGUCAGAAGGCAUUUCCUUUGGCAGUUUUGAUAUCCUGACAGAUGAAGCUGUGAGGCAGGGGCUGAAGGAGCUCUCUAAUUGGCCCACGUACCCCCAGCUGUACCAUAAGGGCGAGCUGAUUGGUGGAUGCGAUAUUGUGCUUGAGAUGAAGGCCAAUGGGGAGCUCAAGGCAGAGCUUGGAGGGUGA